ACGUCAUUUUCGUCGCCAUUUGCAAAGCGACGAUCCGAUAGUGAAAGUUUCUUUGGUGGUUUUUGCACAUUUUUGUCGUGCACCGUCGAACGGUUCAGGGCCUCCUCAGCUAAAAUCUAAGGCCUCAGGGAUAGGCAACGAAGCCAACCGCUUUUCAACUCUUUUAAUUCGUGUUUUAAACCUUUUUCAACUGCUAAGAAAAAUCAUCGUGGAAGAUUUUUCUUUUUUCUAAUUCGUGUACAAUCAUGGCCAACUAAAAAAAUGUCUAGACGUAAAGUAUCGUUUGCUAGCAGCCGCAGCGCUCCAUUGCGUGGAGAAUUUUUACGUUCGAAGCCGGAUACCUGUAUCCGGGUUCCAGAAACGACAGUCGACGGAACAGACUGUCUUUUCGAUUCAUUUGCAGUGUUUCCUUCCCUUAACCUAGUAUUAAGUUUUAACUCCGUCAUCAAUGGAGAAGAAUCAUCGAUUUUCGAACCAAAAUCUGUCCAAAGGACCGAUUACUGAACCGAAGAAAAAUUUAGACGCAUCGACUAAGUGGCCUCGUUAUUCCAAACGCCGCGAACAAACCGCGCUAGGUGGUUUUAAACCGGAAAACAAUCGUAACAACAGUGGAAAGGUUCCUUCAACAGGCAAAACACGUUUUCAAACCAAUUUCAGUUAUGAUAAACGAUCAAAGCAGCGCCCAGAUUUGCCAUCUGGUAGCUUGUUGCUUCCUGAAAAUGAAACUCUUGAACAGUUUGAAGAACAGCAUCAGGGAACCGGAUUAGCCCCUUCGAAGCAUGAACUUUAUUCGUUGUUCUCGCCUGGUUCUAAGAAACAAAGUUUGAACCAUUUGUUGAACUUUCAAUGUACGGCACGGGAUCGUGAUGCGCCAUCGCGUUUCAGUAAGACGGGCAACAAUCGAAGCUACGUGAAAAAGGUGACCUAUAACAAGGAACAGUUUCUUCAGGCUAACUGUCAAUUUGUCGUUCGUGCUGGUACCGACUAUACAGCAUUUUUGGAGUCUCCAGAUCAUUUAGUAGAUUGGGAGAGGAUCGAACAGAUCCAUAUUUUUAGCUAUGAAGAAUCACAAUGCCCCAUCUGUUUGUAUCCUCCGGUAGCAGCUAAAAUGACAAAAUGUGGUCACGUGUACUGUUGGCCAUGUAUAUUGCAUUAUUUGGCGCUGUCGGAUAAAACAUGGCGUAAAUGUCCCAUUUGUUAUGACGCCAUCCAUUUACCGGAUUUGCGAAGUGCUGUAUCGAAACCCUUUCAUUCAUUUACUGUUGGAGAAACUGUAACGUUCCGACUUAUGCGUCGCGACAAGAUGUCUAUGAGUGUCACCAGUUUGGCGGAGCACGGUACGAUGAACCCGCCAGGAAUACCACCUUUUCGCUCGAACGUCGAGAAUUCCACUCUUACUAAGCUACUUUUAGCGGAUACCAGAGAAAUUUUGAAUGUUAUAAGUCGAGAGCAGGUUGAACUCGAAAAUCAAAUCGUUAUUGAUGGUAUAGACUGCCCAGAGAAUAUUUUCGUGCAGCAGGCUCUUCAACAGCUGGGUAUACGCAAGGAGAUGGUUCUAAGUGGAAAAAUUAUCUCAAUUCCAAUUGAGCAGCCAUCGGUUGAAAGUUUUCCACAGCAGCCACUUGAAGAGGUUACCGACGGGUUACUUAAUGAAGCGGCAGCGUUUUCUGCAUCGGAGGAAAUGAGCUUGGCCGAGAACAAGAAGCAAGAUUUUAUGAUCGAUGAAGACAGCAACUUCUUGCUGAGCGACAUUGAUAUCGUGCCGACAGCGAAAUGUGCGUCGUCGGAUUCUUUUUACUUCUAUCAAGCGAUCGAUGGUCAACCGCUCUACUUGCAUUCAUUGAACACCCGAAUGCUGCAGGCGAUGUACGGAAGCUUGGAUAGAAGUCCCCUUAAAAUUACGGGGAAAAUUGUCCACAAAGACACUUGCUCUAUGUCGGAAGAUCUCCGUAAAAGAUUGAAAUAUUUGCAACAUCUACCAGUGUGCACCUCCUUCGAGGUCGUGGAAAUCGAAUUCGAGAAAGAAGUGAUAUCGAAAGAGGUGUUAGCUCAAUUCAAAGAUGAAAUCAAUGCUCGGCGUAAAAACAGACAAAAAAUUGCCCGUGCGGAGCGCAUACGGGAAAAACAAAUUUUUGAGUUUAACGAACGUCAACUGGGCAAAUCUCUUGCGCGAUCCGCAAAAAUUCCUAUUGAUUCUGUGAAACAUUUUCCUUCGUGCGGAAGUUAUGAUUUUAGCCAAGCCCCAUCCCUUUCGGAAAGUCCUUCUAUUAACGAUAUGUCUCCAUCGUUAAGUCCAGCAAGCGCAUGUCCUUCUUGGUCAAAGAUGUUGAGCACUCCGCCUUCGACUUCCUGGCCGUCGCUUUCUGGAAACAGAAAUGCGGGUAGCUCUGUUAAUGCAUUCGCUCCGCUAGCAACUCCGGCACCGAAACUUAUCCCUAUAACCGGCUUAAAGAUGAUGUCUAACAAGCAGAUAAAACAUGCCUCUUACUUGAAUGAAAAAGAUGAGGAAGAUGCUGAGCAAGAGAACCGUACGUCCGGUUAUGGAGAGGAUUUAAGCAUUGCAAUUGGAGCUGCGCUCGAGAAGGCAACCCUUAAUUGUGAGCUUAAUGCCGUCGAGGAAGGCUGCUCCGGAAAGACGAAAGGCUCUGCUGCCCAGAUCGGCAAUAGUGGGGGAGCGAAGAAAAAGAAACACAAGAAAACGCUUCUGUUUGCUUCAGGAAUGAAUUUAUAUUAACCAAAAAAAUGGCUUUGGUCUAUCUUUUUGGUGGUUAUCACCAACGUUCAAAAAUGUACUAUCUAACGGCUUAUAUUGUAAUUUUAGGAUUAUGGUUUCUGUUCAGUUAAAACUGGUUUCUAUUCAAUAAUAUGCCAAAUUCAGCAGUGUUAAAUUAAAUAUUCGUCAACAAUGCGUAAAUAAAUGAAAAGCACAGGCAGAUGUGAUUAUAGUUUUUUUUUUGUAAACGGAAACACUAUAUCUAGUUUUUUGUGACAAGUCACAUUGAACUACGAUUUUGUGAUUCAAUAAACUAAGUUGUUCGUCGCAUAAAAAUGGACUUUAAUUAAUUUUAUAGCUAGUUGGUAAUACUUUACUGAGAAUUUACUGUUAAUUCUUUGAAACAACACCGUUUUUUUUGUUCACGGUCCUACCACAUUCAUACAAAAGUAUCGUGAAUUUACAUUCUCAAGUUCGUUCGAAUGAAUUAUUUUGCUCAUUCGAAAAAGUGAAUAGCAUUUUUUAAUUCGCUUAAAUCGAUCUAUUCGUAAGAAAGUCGGAUACGGCCGUAAUCAAGAAUAAGCGUGAAUGUCCCUUAGGACACUCAUAGUUUUAGCCAAAUCAAAACUAAGCAAACUGCAAAAUCAAAAAUCAUCAAAAAAGAUACAGAAAAUUAUCAUGACCCAAGGCUAACGCAUCACCGGUUUUGAAAACAGGGACAUUCGGAUAUGAGAUUUUAUUUUUACCAAGGCAUCAUAAUGUAUCAUCAUUGUUCAUCAGUUUACUGCAUUAAAAUACAAAUCAGUUUCAAAAA